AUGGAUCGAAUAACUUCCCUCGAAGCCAUCAUCCUACCUCAAGCCCGGCUCCUUCGCCCCGGCACAGGCCCCGUAACCCUCUCACCCGGCAACUCUUCACAAGAAGGCUGUUCCCACAACAUCUUCAUCGUGACUCUCGCAGAUUCCUCGCACAUCAUCGCUCGCGUGGCGAAAUCGCACAAUUUCGACAGCCUCGAGCGUAAUGGAGUCGAUAUGCUCAACCACAUUACCUCUUUGCGUCCAGAACUGAAAGUUCCUAAGGUGCUGUGGCAUAACCUUGACUCGAAGCAAGAGCAAACACCGCGGGAGUUUACGAUUGUUUUGCAAGACUUGAUUCCUGGAAAGCCUUUAGGAAGUUGGAAUGAGUUGAUUCCACAAUCGCAGCAGAUGUGUUUUUUGGAUUCGCUGGCGAGGUUUUUGGUUGAGUUGUGGUCAAUUCCAACUUCGGGGACUAUUGAAACAGAAGUGCCUGCUUUGCUCUACUCGCAAUGGUUGGAAAACAUGAUUGACAAGGCGAUUAGGAGAUGCAUAACUGGCGAUAGCAGAUGGGGCACCACGCGCGAUUACUUGGUUAUGAGGAGUUUGAUCAGCUAUUACGCUUCUCCGCAUGACCAUAUCACCGAGUACGGAAUCGCACAUGGCGAUAUGCAUGCGCUUAACAUCAUGGUGGAUGAGAGACUAGAACUGAGUGGUGUUGUUGACUGGGAUUGGACAUUUACGGCUCCUCUACCCGCAAUCGUUCAAUUCCCAUGGUUUCUGGCUGAUGUACCAGGCUGGCAUAACGAAGGCACAAAGCCAGGAGAAACCUUCCACCACAGCAGAGAUUAUCUGGUCCAAGCCUUGCGAGCUGCAGAGAUGUCUGCCAACAAGAGCGAUAGGCUGACCAAUUUACUGGCUAGCGCCCGGGAGCGGCAGAUCUUCCAGUCAGCGAUUAAUUGCCGAGAUGUGCAUAAAGCGUUUGUGGAAGAGGAUCGGAGGUUUCGAGGUGCGAGAGGGAAAGAUGUGAGAGGGGAGUUGGAGGCUUUCUUGGUCAUCUAUCCGGAUCUGAGGGAUGAAGAUGAGGUUAAGUUGAUCAUGGGAUCAAUGCAAUGA